CUUGCAUCCAAGAUGGAGCCCUGAAGAGCUCCGGUCCUGAAGACUGUCCUCUGAAGACUGUCCUCUGAAGACUGUCCUCUGAAGACAAGCUGCUCCAUCUCCCAAUAAAAGCCCUGAGGCUGAAGAAGCCGCUCGGAGCAGUUCAUGAACGGAGCCUGACCGUCCCUGGAGAGUGAGACCGGGUGACGUCAGAGCGGACCCGGUUCUGAAGGCAUCGGCUGCGGUUUCAUCACCGAACCACCGGUGGAGGUCGCCGGCGGCAUGUGGGAUCAGACGGAUCCCGGAGAUUCCGGGUCCGAGGAGUCGGAGCGAGACAUCUACAUGCGCUUCAUGAAGUGCCACAAGUGUUACGACAUCGUUCCCACCAGCUCCAAACUGGUGGUGUUCGACACAACGCUGCAGGUGAGACCAGAACCACGCCGGGUUCUGAUGGGUUCUGUUGCAACUGCAGCUGUGUUCAUUACUGAGGUGAAGAAGGCCUUCUUUGCAUUGGUGGCUAAUGGGGUGAGAGCCGCUCCUCUGUGGGAGAGUAAGAAGCAAAGCUUUGUGGGAAUGUUGACCAUCACAGACUUCAUCAACAUCCUGACCAGAUACUAUAAAUCCCCCAUGGUGCAGAUCUAUGAGCUGGAGGAGCAUAAGAUCGAGACGUGGAGAGAGCUGUACCUGCAGGAGACCUUCAAACCUCUGGUGCACAUCUCACCUGACGCCAGCGUGUUCGAAGCGGUCCACUCCCUGAUAAAGAACAAGAUCCACCGGCUUCCUGUCAUCGAUCCCAUCAGCGGCAACGCUCUCUACAUCCUGACUCACAAGCGGAUCCUGAAGUUCCUGCAGCUCUUUGUGUGUGAGAUGCCCAUGCCGGCCUUCAUGAAGCAGACACUGGAGGAACUCGGGGUGGGAACGUACUCCAACAUCGCCUACAUCCACCCCGACACACCGCUCAUCAUGGCCCUGUCUGUGUUCACACACCGCCGCGUCUCUGCGCUGCCCGUCGUGGAUCAUAGCGGGAAGGUGGUGGACAUCUACUCCAAGUUUGAUGUGAUUAACCUGGCAGCUGAGAAGACCUACAACAAUCUGGAUGUGACGGUCACCCAGGCUCUAAGACACAGAUCGCAGUACUUUGAAGGUGUCAUGAAGUGCAACAAGCUGGAAACACUGGAGACCAUCGUGGACCGGAUCGUGAAGGCUGAGGUCCACAGGCUGGUCGUGGUUGACGAUGAGUCUCGUAUCAUUGGCAUCGUGUCGCUGUCGGACAUCUUGCAGGCUCUGGUUCUGAUGCCUGCUGGACUGGGGAGGAAGGAGUCCAUCACCUCCCAACCAGAACCCCUGGACCCAGCGGACCAGGAACCAACAGCUCCAGAUGGGUCGGACCAGGUCCCGGUUCUGGAGCUGGAGGCAGAAAGCAUCCUGGGACCGGGAGGCGAGCCAGGGACAGAAACCCAAACAGAUAACAAUCAGGACCAGGACCAGGAAAAGAACCAAGACCAGGACCAGGACCAGGAAAAGAACCAAGACCAGGACCAGGACCAGGACCAGAACCAGGAUCAGGAUCAGGAUCACAACCAGGUACCAGAAACCGAACUGGACCUGGAUCCCCAAGGAGCCACAGAGGAAGCUCCUGAGAGCAGCCAGCAGGGGGAGCCAGAGGAGGAGGAGAAGAGGAGGAGGGGAAGUGACACAUCACAGUGCUUCACCCUGGACUCUGACCACAGAAGAAGAAUCAGGACAGGGUGGAUCGUGAUUGGACUGCUGCUCAGGUGGGCGGCGCCAGACGAACAUGCUGGGGCCAAUCAGAAGAAGGUUCUGGUUCUGCCUGCUGGGUUCUGGAGGAGCUUCAGGAAGAUCAGUUGCAACGGAUUGGUCCUCUACCCCCUCCUGGUGGAAGUUUGUCACUGCAGCCUCAUAACAGCCAUGAAGCUCGACCAGAACCAGAACCGGGUCACCCUGAACAUCUGGACCUUCUGUUGGUAGAGAAACAUUUGAACGAGUCAAUCACUGUUGAGCUGCUGCAUCAUUCCUGUUUCACAGCCAAUCACAUGUCAUUACUUUGGUGGAAAUGAUUUUAUUCUGGAAAGUCUUGUUUCUACUUCCUGCUGUACUGUCAGGGGGCGGGGCCUCGGAUAGUUUGGACCAAUCAGAUGAGAGAAUAUUUAACUUUAUAUAUUCAUAUUUUACUGUUCCCAUAGAGAUGGAGAAAUGUACCAUUUAACAGCUGUGAUGUCAUCAUGGUGUCUGUGACAUCACAGUUUCCAUCGUGAGUCGAUUUGCUGCUUCUGUGAAAACCAAUUAAAACUGCUGAUCUGAGAUCUGCCAGCCUGGUUUUACUGGUCGUACUGGGAGCUUUAUGUGACAGUAAUGACAGGAUGGAUGGCUGCAUGUGUAGCAUCCACUGGUCCAACUGGUCCAACUGGUCCAACUGGAACAGUGAGGAGUUUGAGGGAGCUAGCUUUAGCUUAGGAAACCUUCAUCCCGUCUGUCAACUCUGACCUCAUGACCAGAACAUACUGGGUCUAACCCAGUGACAUCAGAGGAGGCAGGUGAGCCUCAUCUGUCUUCAUGGAAAAAUCACUAAUAUGGCUAUUUUCACCCUGUGGUUUGUACAAUAAACUAUUUAUUUUUCUUGUGGCUUAA